GAGCGAAAAAUCCGGGAUCCGGCAACUUUGGGCAGCGCAUGCGCGCCCGCGGCGCUCCAUCCCAAACACACACACAUUUUUCCCCCGGACUUGGAAAGUCACCCAAAGCCGCCCCAAGUGCAGGCAAACAGACCUCGCUGAGUGAAGGUGAAGACCAUCCAUCUUACCUGCCUUUCCUGCUGCCUCGGCGUUGGCCCUUCCUAUAGAAGGGGGUCCUGCUGCUCCCGUGGUGUGUGUGGGAAUGGACUUCAGACCCCAGGUUCUUGAGAUGCAAAGGAUGAAGUGACACCCCCACCGCAAGAGAGGAGCCUCUAGGACCCACGACAAGAGUUUGGGACCAAAGAGAGGAGAAUGGAUCUUGGUACAGCUGAAGGCACCCGGUGCACCGACCCGCCCGCAGGAAAGCCCGCGAUGGCGGCCAAGCGCAAAGGCGGCCUGAAGCUCAACGCCAUCUGCGCCAAGCUGAGCCGCCAGGUGGAGGUGGAGAAGGGUGGGGAGGCUGGCGCCCACGCUGAGGGCAGCCCGCUGCGGCCCCGGGACAAAGAGCGCAGCGGCCCUGAGUCUGGCGUGGCCCGGGCCCCCCGCAGUGAAGAAGACAAGAGGCGGGCGGUGAUUGAGAAGUGGGUCAACGGGGAGUACAGCGAGGAGCCGGCACCCGUGCCCGUGCUGGGGCGGAUCGCCCGGGAGGGCCUGGAGCUGCCACCCGAGGGUGUCUACAUGGUCCAGCCCCAGGGCUGCAGCGACGAGGAGGACCACGGCGAAGAGCCCCCCAAGGACGGCAGCGUCCUGGAGGAGAAGGACUCGGACGGGGCAGCCUCCAAGGAUGACGGUGGCCCCAGUACCAAGCAGGCUUCAGGAGAGGCCUCUUCGCUGCGGGACUACGCGGCCUCUACCAUGACCGAGUUCCUUGGCAUGUUUGGCUACGACGACCAGAACACAAGGGAUGAGCUGGCCAGGAAGAUCAGCUUCGAGAAACUGCACGCGGGCUCAACCCCUGAGGCGGCCACCUCCUCUGCGCUGCCUACCUCCGAGGAUGCCCUCAGCAAGCGGGCACGGUUCUCCAAGUAUGAGGAGUACAUCCGCAAGCUCAAGGCCGGCGAGCAGCUGUCCUGGCCGGCCCACGGCACCACGGCAGAGGGGCGGGCGGGCAAGGAGGUGCUGGGCCCCCUGCCUGGCCUGCGGCUUUCCAGUAGCACCACGCACCUGGAAACCAAGGCCACCAUCCUGCCCCUGCCCUCGCACAGCAGCGUCCCCAUGCAGGGCCUGGUGGCCCGGGCCUCCAAGUACGACUUCUUCAUCCAGAAACUGAAGACGGGCGAGAACCUGCGGCCCCAGAACGGGAGCGCCUACAAGAAGCCGUCCAAGUACGACCUGGAGAACGUCAAGUACCUGCACCUCUUCAAACCCGGGGAGGGCAGCCCUGACAUGGGUGGGGCCAUCGCCUUUAAGACAGGCAAGGUGGGGCGCCCCUCCAAGUAUGAUGUCCGGGCCAUCCAGAAGCCUGGCCCUGCCAAGGUUCCACCCACCCCCAGCCUGGCUCCCGCACCCCUCGCCAGCGUGCCCACCGCUCCCAGCGCCCCUGGGCCAGGACCUGAGCCAUCUGCCUCCCUGCCUUUCAACACUCCCGAGUACCUGAAGUCAGCCUUCUCCAAAACAGACUCCAUCACCACGGGGACCGUCUCCACUGUCAAGAACGGAUUGCCCACAGAUAAACCAGCUGUCACUGAAGAUGUAAACAUUUACCAGAAAUAUAUUGCCAGGUUCUCAGGCAGUCAGCACUGUGGCCACAUCCACUGCGCCUACCAGUACCGCGAGCACUACCACUGCCUCGACCCCGAGUGCAACUACCAGAGGUUCACGAGCAAGCAGGAUGUGAUCCGGCACUACAACAUGCACAAGAAGCGGGACAACUCCCUGCAGCACGGCUUCAUGCGCUUCAGCCCGCUGGACGACUGCAGCGUCUACUACCACGGCUGCCACCUCAACGGGAAGAGCACCCACUACCACUGCAUGCAGGUGGGCUGUAACAAGGUGUACACAAGCACGUCAGAUGUGAUGACCCACGAGAACUUCCAUAAGAAGAACACCCAGCUCAUCAACGACGGCUUCCAGCGCUUCCGUGCCACCGAGGACUGCGGCACGGCCGACUGCCAGUUCUACGGGCAGAAGACCACGCACUUCCACUGCAGGCGCCCCGGCUGCACGUUCACCUUCAAGAACAAGUGUGACAUCGAGAAGCACAAAAGCUACCACAUCAAGGACGACGCCUACGCCAAGGACGGCUUCAAGAAGUUCUACAAGUAUGAGGAGUGCAAGUACGAGGGCUGCGUGUACAGCAAGGCCACCAACCACUUCCACUGCAUCCGCGCCGGCUGCGGCUUCACCUUCACCUCCACCAGCCAGAUGACCUCGCACAAGCGCAAGCAUGAGCGCAGGCACAUACGCGCCUCAGGCUCCGGUGUGCUGGGGCUGCCACCCUCGCUGCUGGGCGCCAAGGACACGGAGCACGAGGAGUCCAGCAACGACGACCUGGUCGACUUCUCGGCCCUGAGCAGCAAGAACUCCAGCCUGAGCGCCUCCCCCACCAGCCAGCAGUCCUCUGCCUCCCUGGCCACGGCCACUGCCGCCUCCGAGGCCGUGCCCAGCGCCACCAAGCCUCCCAACAGCAAGAUCUCAGGGCUGCUGGCCCAGGGCCUGCCCAGCUCCAUCCCCCUGGCGCUGGCCCUCUCCAACUCCGGCCUGGCCAGCGCCGCACCCUACUUCCCCAUCCUUCCUGGCCGGGGCAGCGCCUCCCUGCCGGUGGGUGCCCCCGGCCUCAUGGGUGCCAUGUCGUCCGGGACAGCAGGCUCAGCAACCCCUGACACGCCCGCCCUGGCAGCCUCGGGAGCCGGUGACUCGGCGGCAGCAGGGGCUGCCUCGGUCCCCGUGGCCCCUGCCUCCAUCAUGGAGAGGAUCUCAGCCAGCAAAGGCCUCAUCUCGCCCAUGAUGGCCAGGCUGGCCGCGGCCGCCCUCAAGCCCUCUGCCCCCUUUGACCCAGGAAACGGGCAGCAGGCCACCCCUGCCAGGUUCCCCCCAGCCCCGGUGAAGCAGGAGCCCGGUGAGAGUGCUGGCGCCCCAGGUCCCCACGAGGCCUCCCAGGACCGCAGUUUAGACCUGACUCUGAAGGAGCCCAGUAAUGAAUCAAAUGGCCACGCAGUCCCGGCAAAUUCAUCUCUUUUAUCCUCGCUUAUGAAUAAGAUGUCUCAGGGCAGCCCCAACCUCGGCAGCCUGUUGAACGUCAAGACGGACACAGAGGGAGGCCCCACCGGGGAGUCCCCCCCAUUCCUGGGCAAGGCUGUGAAGGCGAUGGUUCAGGAGAAGCUUUCAGAGCCCUGGAAGGUGUACCUUCGCAGGUUUGGCACCAAGGACUUCUGCAACGCCCAGUGUGACUUCCUCCACAAGGCCCACUUCCACUGCGUGGUGGAGGAGUGCGGCGCGCUUUUCAGCACCCUGGACGGGGCCAUCAAGCACGCCAACUUCCACUUCCGGACGGAGGGAGGAGCAGUGAAAGGAAACCCAGAGGCUGCCUUCCCGGCCUCGGCUGCUGAGACCAAACCCUCCUUGGCCCCUGCGUCCCCUCCAGCGCCACCCGUCACCACGGCCACGGUUUCCUCUCUCGAGGGGCCCACUCCCAGCCUGGCCGCCGUGCCCUCCACCCCCACCCUGCUCGCCUGGAAGCAGCUGGCUUCCACCAUACCCCAGAUGCCUCAGAUUCCAGCAUCAGUGCCUCACCUGCCCACUUCGCCCUUGGCAACGACUUCUCUAGAGAACGCCAAGCCCCAGGUCAAACCCGGAUUCCUCCAGUUCCAGGAGAACGAUCCUUGCCUUGCAACGGACUGCAAGUAUGCCAACAAGUUCCACUUCCACUGUCUCUUUGGGAACUGCAAGUACGUCUGCAAAACCUCUGGCAAGGCCGAGUCCCACUGCCUGGACCACAUCAACCCCAACAACAACCUGGUGAACGUGCGAGACCAGUUUGCUUACUACUCCCUGCAGUGCCUCUGUCCCAACCAGCACUGCGAGUUCCGGAUGCGUGGGCACUACCACUGUCUCCGGACUGGCUGCUACUUUGUGACCAACAUCACCACCAAGCUGCCAUGGCAUAUAAAGAAGCACGAGAAAGCCGAGCGGCGGGCAGCCAAUGGGUUCAAGUACUUCACCAAGCGUGAGGAGUGCGGCAGGCUAGGCUGCAAGUACAACCAGGUGAACAGCCACUUCCACUGCAUCCGGGAGGGCUGCCAGUUCUCCUUCCUCCUCAAGCACCAGAUGACCUCCCAUGCCCGGAAGCACAUGCGGAGGAUGCUGGGGAAGAACUUCGACCGAGCACCCUCCUCCCAGGGCCCCCCAAGCCUGAUGGACACCGAGACGGACGAGUACAUGGAUUACACUGGCUGCAGCCCGGGCGCCAUGUCCUCUGAGUCCUCCACCAUGGACCGAAGCUGCUCCAGCACCCCUGUGGGCAACGAGAGCACCGCGGCAGGGAACACCAUCUCCAUGCCGACAGCCUCGGGGGCCAAAAAGCGCUUCUGGAUCAUUGAGGACAUGUCUCCGUUUGGCAAGAGGCGCAAGACUGCUUCCUCACGCAAGAUGCUGGAUGAGGGCAUGAUGCUCGAGGGCUUCAGGCGCUUCGACCUCUACGAGGACUGCAAGGACGCGGCCUGCCAGUUCUCGCUCAAGGUCACCCACUACCAUUGCACGCGCGAGAACUGCGGCUACAAGUUCUGCGGGCGCACGCACAUGUACAAGCACGCGCAGCACCACGACCGCGUGGACAACCUGGUGCUGGACGACUUCAAGCGCUUCAAGGCCUCGCUCAGCUGCCACUUCGCCGACUGCCCCUUCUCGGGGAGCAGCACGCACUUCCACUGCCUGCGCUGCCGCUUCCGCUGCACCGACAGCACCAAGGUCACGGCGCACCGCAAGCACCACGGCAAGCAGGACGUGAUCAGCGCGGCGGGCUUCUGCCAGUUCAGCUCGAGCGCCGACUGCGCCGUGCCCGACUGCAAGUACAAGCUCAAGUGCUCGCACUUCCACUGCACCUACCCCGGCUGCCGCCACACGGUCGUGGGCAUGUCGCAGAUGGACUCGCACAAGCGCAAGCACGAGAAGCAGGAGCGCGGCGAGCCGCCCGCCGCCUCCCCCAGCCCCGAGGGCCCCGCGCCCGGCCCUGCCGCCGCCGCCGCCGCCGCCGCCGCCGGCCUGGACGGCGCGCCCCCGCCCGGCGCCGAGCCCGCCGCCGCCGCCCUGCUCUUCCUGCCCGGGCCGGCGCUGGGGCCGAGCGACGACCCCGGCCCGCCCAACGCCCCGGGGCCCCGCGUCGGCCCCGCCGCGUCCGGCCCCGCGGCCGGCGAGUCGUCGCAGGAGGACGACGAGGAGGAGCUGGAGCUGAACGAGGAGGCGGACGACGACGACGACGACGACGAGGAGGACGACGACGAGGACGACGACGAGGACGACGACGAGGACGACGAGGACCUGCGCACCGACUCGGAGGAGUCGCUGCUCGAGGCGCCGGCCGUGGCGGCGGGGCCGGGGGCGCGGAGCCCGGAGCUGGCGGCCCUCGGCGCCCCCGCGCCCCCCGGGCCCGCGCCCGCCGCCGCCUCUCCGUAGCCGCCGGGCGGGGGGCGCGUCGGGGGGCCGGGCGCGCGCGGCGCCCUCGGGAUCUUGCCGCUUUAUUCUAUUGUUAUUGUUAUUAUUAUUAAUUUUGUAAGAAACGGUAUUUAUCUGUAAAGCUUCCCUUGUCCAGAGCUAGGUGUCGGCCGCGUCCCGGCGUCGGGAGGCGCUCCGGCCCGGGUGGGCCCGUGCGCCCCGCCGGUGCUUCCGGACCCCAAGUCCGUCUCAGGACAGAGGCGGGGGGCCUCCCUCUGGUGCUUCGGGGCCGCCCCCGCGCCCGCCCGCCCGCGCGGCAGCUCGGCGGCCGGCAGGACUGAAGCUGCCCGGGCGGGACCCUCCUCCGCCGCGGUCCGGGGAUCUUCUUCAGGGAAACAGAAGGUGCUCUUGUCCGGGGUGGGACAGGGGCCCCGGAGGGGGAGGCGGGCGCUGACCCUGCCGCCCCCCACCCCCCACCCCACGCCGCGCCGCUGGGAUUCCUCAUUGCUCAGGGCUGGGACGGGCGCCGGGGGUCACCGUGACCCCUGCCCCGUACCCCCGGAGGCGGGUGGGCACCUGUAGCAUCUGCAGGGCCUCCCAUUCGUGCAGCUAAGACCCUCCCUCCUGGCCCCGGGGGAGGGCGGGGCAGGAGGCGGCCGGCGGGAGACACUACAGGGACCGCGGAGGGAACCUCCUGGAACUGGCCGAGCUGAGGGCUCCGGGGCACUCGGCCCCCAGCGCGGGGCCUGGGAAGGGCGCGCCUCGGCCUACCCGCUGCCUGCCAGCCGGUGCUGGGGUGCUGAGCCCUCAGGGGGUCUUCGCCACCCAGGUGGUAAAAACAGGAAGGAUGCGACUGUUUGGGGCUUUAAUAGUCAACAUGGAAAAAAAUUCGAGGAAGUUGUACAGUAUUUUUCCUGUAAAGGUUUAUUAUUCUACACAGAACAAAAUAAAAAAAGCAGGCGGGUGCCCAGAGCACAGACCGCCUCCGGACCAGCCCUGAGGUUGGAGACCCGAGUGCAAUUGCUCACGUGGGGUUUUGUUUAGCGUUUAGUUAGAGGCCUUAACCAGGUUGAGGCUGUCUGUCUUUACACUAGCACUGAUGGGAGCUGCGUGAUUCCAACUUUUAACUUGAAUUUUGUAGAGACAAGAAAAAAGGACGAUUAUUGUUGAUACAAGUUUGUAGUUAAUUUAACAUUUGAGUUUUUCUCUAUUGGUUAUGCGUGUGGCUUUAUAGGGCUUUUUUUUUUUUCCAGUUUGUUUUAUUAUUUUGUUUGGGAUACUUCUUUGCUGGUUCAACCCACCCAGAUUUGGUUCCCUUUGCAAAAUACACCCCUGUCCCCCAUUACCGCCCCCUUCAACGAUGAGGUCACCUACCCCAGGGCCAGCCCCCACCUGCCAGGCAAACACCCAGCCAAUGGCUCUGAUGGUGACAGGGACCGAGGGCACCUCUCCUGUUCACCUUCUCUCCAGGUCAGUCCACGUGCCCCAUCUUAGUUGGACCCUGUGACAUGGCCACAGGGAGAGCUCUAGGUCCAGCCUGGGGGAGGGGCUAUCACCAUCGCCUCCUACCCCUGGGUCUCCAGGGGAAGCUUGACCCAGCUGUUGGAGGUUGACAGGGCAGUCGUUUGCUUUUUCUUUUCUUCUCUUCCCAUUUUUUUUCUUUUUUUGUCCUCCUGGCUGCCCACAGCCAGAAAGCCAGGACCAUCUGAACUGGAGAGAGCGCAGGAGCGAGUGGUGAGCCGGAUGUACCUGAUUCAACAGGAAACAAGUGGUUUUCUAGAACAGCCCCUACCAGAGCCUCCUGAAUUCUGUGGGCACCAUGUGCUGCUGCUGAGCAUUCGCCCAGACUUUGUGCCCGGCCACAGAACCGUGGAGUCUGUGGAAGGAGUUUUGUAAAGGAAAAAAAAAUUUUUUUUCAAUGUAGCAAAAUCAAAAAAAAAAAAAGAAAAAAAAAAAGAAGAUGCCGACAGUGCGAAGUCUAGCCUUUUGUAACCUUCAUAUUGCACACUAGGACUAUAAGCCAUUGCUAGCUCAUUUUGAAUUUUAAUGUGUAAUUUUUGUUUUAUUUUCUUUCUGUGGGGAAAACAAUGCUUGAUCCACCAAUGCUCUUUUUAAUGUUUUAUAACUAUGUAUGUGUAUAUAUAUAAAUAUAAAAUAAUAUGUAUGCACAUAUGUGUGUGUAUAUAUCUAUAUGUAUAUACAUAUAUAGAUAUAUAGAGAUAUAUAGAGAGGUUUUGAGACGAAAAUGCAGAACGUGAAAACCGAACUGAACAGCGUGUGCUCUGAUUACUUGAAUCUGGUCUCCUCGGCACCUGGUUAUUAAGAACUGAAUAUUUUUCCACUUGAAUUUAGUGCUAUUAGAAAUUUAAUAUAUGUGUUUUAUUUAUUUGAUUUUUUUUUUUUUGCAUGACUGAUGCAAGGUUUGACAUUUUCACUCAAUAAAAACUGGAAAAAAAAAAUCUAUCAAGUUAUCUUUUAUUUUUGAAAUCGGCCCCAAGCGGCUGGCAGUGACCCAGCUGUGCAGGGCGGCACAGCCUCCAUGGAGGCCCGGGCUCCCUGUGCCAAGGCAGGGAGGGGAGGAGGGUGUCUGUCACCCUUCAACGCUGGCAGGGAAGGGGGCAGCCCAGUUUCACCUCUGGGAUGGGGCCAAGUGAUCCUGGGUGGCUGGGAACAGAGGUGUGGGGGGCUUGGGCCCAGCCCUGCCUGAAGGCCCCAUGGAGACUGAGAAGCUACCUGGCCUAGACGCCUCAGGCCUCCAGCAUGGCACCAGGGGCUCCCAGGCCCCCACCCUGGCCAGCCCUCUCUCCAAGCAGCCAGCUACUGGGCAGGCGUUUGGCAGGGUCCUCCCUCUGCCUCCUCCCUCGGCUCCUUCCUCCUUCCUGCAGGGACCUGCCCGGGCUGGGAACAGCGCGUACCCGGAUCCGAUCCGGAUGCUGGCUCGGCUCCUGCCAGGAGCACACAGGGGCAGAGCCGGAGGGGGCUGAUGCCUGAGUCUGUAGCCACCAGCCCCAGGCCCGAGUUGCCAGCUCUGGUGGCACCAUGGCUGGGGCUCCCUCAGAAGCAUGGGUGGCGUGAGCACUCCAGUCAGGCCCUGCCCAGAGCAGGCCUCUUCCUUAGCCCGGUGGUGGCUUGCGUCUCAAUAAACCUCCUUCUCUGCACCAUCUUGCCAGCCUUGCCCUGAGUUCACCUCCAUCCAGGUGGCCAGGCAUUCAGGGCCUGGGGGAGGAGAUGUGACAUGUGCUGGGCCUCCAGGCUCCUCCACCUUCAAAGGUGGAGCCUCUCACUCGAUGUCACAUCCUUGCAAGGAGGUCGCCCCUUUCCUGGGGAGAGACAGAGGGGCUGGAAGGUGACACCUCAGCCAGGUGUCACCUCCCCACCCAGGACCGCAGGGGGCACGGCUGAGGGGGCUGCACGGCUCCCAGGGCCCCAGUCAACAUGGUCACUUUUCCACUGUGAAAGCCUCUUCUCUAACCCAGCCCCAGCACAGAGGGCCCUUCCCUUCUUUCCUCCUGGAACGCAGCCCACAGGCUAUUUACAUAAAUAUGUUUGUAACAGACGCGAAAAUAUAUACUUUUUUCUGUCUUAUUAAAAUGUUCAAGUUGGAACUCGC